AUGUCAAAUAAUAAAUCAAUUGAAGAAUUACAAGAAUCAAAAAUCAAAUCUUUAUUUAAUGAAAUAGAUGUAUAUAAAACUGGUAAAAUUGAUUUGAAAACUUUACAAUCUGCUUUAGAUAAAUCUGAUCAUCCAUUAAAAAAUAAUAAUGAUGCUAUUUUACAAUUAUUUAAUUCCUUGGAUCUCAAGAAUGAUAAAUUUAUAGAUUAUGAAGAAUUUAAAACUUAUUUUAUUAAAGCUGAAGUACAAAUCCUUAAUGGGUUUAAAAAAUUAGAUUCAAAUUCUGAUGGGAAAAUUAAUUUACAUGAUUUAAAUAAAAUUUUACAAGAGAAGAAUAUUAAUGAAAAUGAUAAAUUUCAAAAAUUUAUUACUUUAUUAACAAAUGAUGAUCCUAAAGCCAACUACAUAACAUAUGAUCAAUGGAGAGAUUUCUUAUUAUUUGUUCCAAGAUUAAACGGUUCAAGAUUGAAAACUGCUUAUGAAUUCCUAAAUUCAAAUCAUAACGUUGAUUAUAAUUCAGAAGGUGAUAUCACCGUUUCAAAUGAUUUACUCAAAGGUUUAGGGUUUUUCCUUGCUGGUGGUCUUAGUGGUGUUGUUUCAAGAACUUGUACUGCACCUUUUGAUCGUAUAAAAGUUUUCCUUAUUGCAAGAACUGAUUUAUCUUCAACUUUAUUACACAAGAAACAAUCAUUAGCUAAGAAUGAAAUUCCCCUAGAUAAGAUAAAAUCUCCUUUAAUAAAAGCUGCAACUACUUUAUAUAGACAAGGUGGUCUUAGAGCUUUUUAUGUUGGGAAUGGUCUUAACGUGGCAAAAGUUUUCCCUGAAUCUGCAAUGAAAUUUGGUUCUUUUGAAUUUGCUAAAAAAAUAAUGUCAAAUUUAGAAGGUGUCAAAGAUACUUCUGAAUUAUCAAGAUUUUCAACAUAUAUUGCAGGUGGUCUUGGUGGUGUUUUUUCUCAAUUUACCGUAUAUCCAGUUGAUACUUUAAAAUAUAGAGUUCAAUGUGCUCAAUUAGAUACAAAACUCCAGGGAAAUAAAUUAUUAUUCCAAACUGCUAAAAAUAUGUAUAAAGAAGGUGGUUUAAAAUUAUUUUAUAGAGGUGUGCUUGUCGGUGUUACUGGUAUUUUCCCAUAUGCUGCUUUAGAUUUAGGUACUUUCUCAGCAAUGAAAAAAUGGUAUAUCAAUAAAGAAGCUAAAAAGCAAAAUGUUUCACCUGAUGAUAUUGUUAUGAGUAAUUUAAUUGUCUUACCAAUGGGUGCAUUUUCAGGUACUGUGGGUGCUACAGUAGUGUAUCCAAUAAAUUUAUUAAGAACAAGAUUACAAGCUCAAGGAACUUAUGCACAUCCAUAUAGAUAUACUGGGUUUAAAGAUGUAUUGUUUCAAACUAUACAGAGAGAAGGUUAUCCUGGAUUAUUUAAAGGUUUAGUACCAAAUUUAGCAAAAGUUUGUCCUGCUGUUUCAAUUAGUUAUUUGAUGUAUGAAAAUUUAAAAAGAGUAAUGUCAUUAGAAUAA